AUGAUCACAACAUUCGUUCAAGAUCAAUCCAACAGACUCCAUGAGCUGGCGGUCACUCACGACGUCUCCGACAAGCAAGUCAAGGACAUCCUCGGUCUCAAGACGCAUUAUCACAAAGAACGCUGCACGCAAUUGCGUAAUGCGAUUGUGCACGUCAAAUCCAAGGAACUUAAUGAAGGUCGCCCCAGCGGGGACAAGUACAGCUUGGAGGAAAUCCAAAACAUCAUUGAUAGUGACCCUGCAUACAAGCAGCUGUCGGCCACCGAAGAACAGGACUACAUCGACCAGCUAACUGAGUACCGUGCCCUCAAGAUGAGUGGAGUUCGCGCAACCAAUGUGUCAGCGGCUCGAGAUGCGGUCGCAGUGAUGGAUCGCAUCUCAAAGGAGCUUCAUGCACUCCAUGACCGAGCCAGCAUAUAUGCAACUGUUCUCAUGGUUCGGGGACACGUCAACGACCAAGUUCAGUCGACAUGGAUCGCAACGGACAACGCACACGAAUUUUGGGAGGAUCAGAUGAGUCUAGCGCUUGAUGAUAUCACACGACGCGCGACAGGGAAAAUGGACCUCACAAUGAAUUAUCAAAACUACGAGAAGGCUAUUGUCUUGGUCUAUGGAGUCAAGUUAGAUGGUUGGCCAGAGGGUCUCCCUUUCCUUGCACCUUCCCAUAUGCACACUGUGCUUGAAGUGCGCACUCUUCACGAUGCUUUGGUGACAGGUGCUUGCCAUUGGAAGAAGCUCAACCGGCGUGAACUUGAGAACCUUCGCACGGACAUUCAAUGA